CCCCAAACAGUAUCGGAUGUAGGCGAGCAACAACAACUCGUCCUCUGGUCAAGCAACUACCUGUCACUCACCUUGCACAACUGCUACGCUCUUUUGCCCUCACGCGACUCCUUUGUGAUCCUGUCGCGACGGAUAUCAAGUCAAUCAGGCGCAAGUCGCAAUGCCUCCCAAAGCGCGCCAAAAUAACUAUUUUGGGGAGGGCCAAGGAAGGAAAACGGGCAUUACGCUCCCAGAUACCGGUAUACGCGACGAGUAUGGCAUUGAGACAGCUGACAUAUUCUCUUCACCGGAGAAGUCUGAGGUCAUGGUUACUAGCGAGCGGCGCGAAGAUGGGACACUCGUAACAUCAGAGUCGAUGGAGCUUCAGCAAAGUACGCAAGCUCGCACCCCACGCGUUUACGGCGCGUAUUGGACAUGGAAUUCUAAAUCAUGCUGCAUAGGUUCAAUGCCGGAUCCCACCGAAGCACUGUCUGUACGUCAAGUUCUGACCACAAAGCGAACGGCCCUCCCACCCAAAUCGCGAUCGCCAAUCAAAACUGCACUCGGCUCUUCACCUCGUCGGCAGUCCUCCAUGGGUCCCCCUGCUCGGUCUCAACCAAACUCACAUCAUGCUGUAAGGCGAAAGUUGGAUUUCAACGACUCACAAGAGGGUAUUUCGACGUCAAGCCCAGAGGCUAUUAAUGGAGUUGUCGGAGACGACUUGUACGAUCUUCCGGGAUCACCAACAGAGGCGAAUGGACAAGAACACACAAACCAAGAUCUAGAAGAAGUUGAAGCCCUUCCUGAGCUUGAAGAUGCUACGGAGCAGCAGUCAACAGCAGAGGAGGCAGAGAAUUCGUCCGAAGAACAUGAAGAAAUGCCACCAGAAAUGCCAUCUUCACCGCCGAAGAAGAGAGGUCGGAAGAGGAAACUGGUUGUUGAGGAAGCUGAAGCUGAAUCGGAGGGCCGUGCGACUAAAAAUGCCCGCCGUGGCGCUAGAAAGCCCGUAGUUGAGAAAAUUGCGCCCACAAAAUCUAAGAGGACAACGCGUUCAUCAUUAAAUUCUUCUCAGGUACAGGAGGACAGUAUAGCACUCGCACCGGAACCAGUGCCUGCAACGGAGGAAAGUCCAGUCGAAGAAACACCACGAUCGUCCCCAGCUAGGAAAAGAGCGGUUAAAGGUAAGGUUAAAACCGGGCCAACCAGAAAGGCCCGAGAACCAAGCGUCGUCGUCGAAGAAGAGCCCAGUAUUGCGAAAUCAAAGAAUCGCGGAAGGCCCAAGCGAGAUGUUGCCAUUCCUCGUGAAGAAUCAGGAACAUCUAUGCCUCCCCCUCAGCUUAAGAGCAGAGGCCGUCUACCCAAAGAACGGGAUCCGAAUGCAAAGACCACUGCCCGAAAGGCUCCUCGUGGCCGUAGUGAGUCCAAAGCGCCUACGGAGAUGUCCAUGAUGUCAGGUCGUACAACCCAAAGCACAAUGAGCAACGUUCGACAGUAUGUCGUUGUACCUAAGCCGGGUGCCGAUGAUUGGGGACGGUCACGAGCUGGACGGGCAUUGAGAAGGCCACUGGCUGGUUGGCGUGGUGAAAAAGAUACUUUCGACCACCAAGGUAAUCUCAUUGAGUCAGUAUUGACCGAAGACGUGACUCCAGUCAAACUAGACCGUCGUCGAGGCAAUAAAAAGAAAAAUCGACAAAGUACAAUCUUUGAGGAACCCGAGAUCGAGGAGCUUGAGGAGUGGGAGCAAGAUCCAGGUGUUCUGUCUGGGAUUGUGAACGUAUGGGACAAUGAUAUUGAGCAUACGACUGGGGAGAAGGAGGAAGAGCUUGCAUAUGCUGCACCCUCUAUUCAAACUCAACAGGUUAAUGGCGCAGAGUUCAAAUACACGCGCAUUUGCGGAGUUCGUUUCUUCAACGCUGGAAUGGUAGACCUUCCUCCAUAUUCAGAGAAGAAACGUAAGAAUUCCCGGCGCAUGUACAUGAUCUUCUACGUUCUACGGGGGCAGGUACAAGUGACGGUAGGAGAUAAUCCAGAGUUCUCAAUUCACAGCGGGGGUGUAUGGCAAGUUCCGAGAGGGAAUUUAUACUCAAUCAAAAACAGCGAGAGCCAAGAAGCGAAGAUCUUCUUCUCGCAGGCUUGUCGCACACGCCCCGAUGAGGAGGAAGAAUAGUACUGAAACCUUUUCUAUUGGAGAUGUUUACAGAACUGGUUUCAAUAUGUCUUAUU